AUGCUUACGCAUAUACGAAAAAAUAUAAAUGAAAUAACUUUUGAAUAUAAAUACAAUAGUUAUCUAUUUUUUGAAUAUGAUGAACAUGGAAAUAUUGGAGGAUUAAUUUUUAAUUGUGAAGGUGUAGGUGUAGGCAAAACUAUUCUUGAAUGCAAAAGUGCUAGUGAACCGAUUUUUGAAUAUGAAGGCAUUUCUAGAUAUAAAGGUACUAGUGAAACAAUUCUUGAAUAUGAAGGUAAUGAUAGUGUGAAACAUGUAGAACAUCUAGUAGAUAAUGAAUAUAUACAGAUAUAUAAGUAA